CAGUCCUGCGAGCUGCUCGCCGUCUGUUGACAGCCGCGACAGAUGGAAAGGCAGACUCCAACACUUGCAUCUUUGAUUGCACCGGCAGUUGUCUUCCCCAAAAAUAGCCAGGGCUGCACGGCCUUAUAUGUGCAGGCCGGCAGCCCGCGGAGGCAUCAUGUAUCUAGGCCACACGAUACUGGCCGCCGGCUCAUUGUUGCCGGCCUCUCCUCACUCUGCCUGGCCAUGCAGCUGCAGCAGCUAAACCGCGAGUGCCUCCUCCACCUCUUCUCCUUCCUGGACAAGGACAGCCGCAGGAGUCUGUCUCGGACCUGCGCGCAGCUGCACGAGGUGUUUCUGGACCCGAGCUUGUGGACUCUCCUGAAGUUCAGCUCUCCGUCGGAGCUGAAGCGGGACAACUUUGUUCUGGGACCUUCUCUGCACCACCUGUCAGUGUGCUGGCACUCCAGCAGGGUUCAGGUGUGUAACAUCGAGGACUGGAUGAAGACUUCGUUCCAGAAGGUUCUCUGUGAUAAACACCAGCGGCUGGUCAGCUCGCUACUCGCCCAGGUCUGCGUCCAGUGCCCCAACCUGCUCUCCCUGACUCUCUCUGGCUGUGGACACGUCAGCGACCGCGACCUCAUCGACGUGCUCGGCAGCUGCCCGAAGCUGCGGCGCGUCCAUCUGGAGAACUGCGUCUGCGUCACCGACCGGGUUCUGGACGGGAUGGUGACUGCUGGCCGCAGUUUGAGGGAGGUGAAGGUGGAUUUCUGCAGGAACAUCACACAAGAUGGUCUCAGGAUGGUGCGGGAGAAGAGGCCAGGGCUACAGCUGAGCUCGGAGAGAAGCGCUGAGCUGAUUCCAGACAUCAAGCCAGAGAAGAAGGUUCAUAUCAGGAGAACCCUGCAGAAGGUCCUGCUGUUCACCUGAACUGCUGCAACUCAUGAACUACGAGCAUCCAACAGAAGACUAUUCUCUCAGUAAACGGUAACAGGCAGAUCAUAGCAGCAUAUUAGCCAGAGGUUAACCAUUAUAACAUACUGAAUGGCGCCAGUCUAUAUUUCACCCAGGGAUCGGCAAUGAAGGUUCACUCCAAAUAUCACCAUAAUUACUGAUUAUUACCAUGAAAGCAAUGACUUUAUUCUUGGUUCAUGUGUGUUCCCAAUCUGAAGUGUUACCAUCAAAUCAUUCCCUAAACAGUUCCCAUGUUAGCACCAAUGCUACCAAGCUAACAGCUUUUUUUGGACCGUCCAGCAGCAUUUCUACAGUAUGAUGUCGCAAAACAACUCCAGGUGAGCUGGCUUCCUUCGGUGACCUUAACAUGCCACAGAGACGACAAGUGUCUUUUUCAACUGGCCUGGUGUCUGGUUAGCCCUUCAAUUCACCCUCUGCUGGGCGCCUUCUUAACUCUCCCUUCAGAGCCGUGUCCCAUUUUUUCAAUACUCACUUUGGCCAGCCGGGGGCACUAUGAGCAGAAUUGUGCAAAUGACUCUCAAAAAAAAAAAAAAAAAGACCGGUGACAACUGGCGCCGUGAAUAGCAUUUUCUAUAUGGUGCUGUAGAUGUGGAUGAAAAUCUCAGCGUCGUAGAGUCUUCUAUUGAGAUGUUUUCCUCCCAAAUAGUAAUAAGGUAACUUAUUUAAACAAUGUGGAAUAUUAGCGCCGGUUGUUUCCGGAGCAACAGCCCGACUUGUUUGUGUUCACACCAGUGAUUUUUGAGCCAAACGGACUUUGAAUAGUGUCUAAAAGUCCCUCUUUUGCUCUCAUCCACACACCUUGGAAGCAUAAUGUGAAAAGCAACAAGUGUCUUUGGGGCUGCACCUCACGCCAACCUCCACCCUCACAUUCAUCCUACGCUGAACACUUUGGAAGCGCACGCAAGACCAACACCACAAUGUUAAUAAUUAAGGUGAAGGACGUGACAGUUUCAUUAUAUAGCUGUUCUGAACCGUUUCUCAGGGAAGCAAACUCGGCACACAGGUUCCCAAAAUUUUCAUCCAUUUUGUUUUCCAUGAUGCUUCCAAAUGUUUUUUAUUUAAAGUAAAGCAAUGGCUUUCUAAUGACAAAAGACAACAAUCUACAUACAUUCUUCAGACCACUUGAGUCUGCUUAAGAACUCUUUGCAUUUCCGUUUGUCUCAAACAUCUUGAAGUGUUCUAAACAGGAUGAACCAAACAUUAUAUUCUUCCCCAACAUUCUUGGUCAAAUAUGUCCGCUGUCCUCUCCACAUGUCCAACUGUUUCAUUUUCUGAUCAUCUUCAUUUCUGACUCUUCCAACUCAGCUUCCUCCAGAGUCUCUAAACCAGAUGGACAAUGGAAGGUCAGAAGCAAUAUCUAACAGAAAAAGUAUUUUAUCAUUGAAAAGUAAAUAAAUGUGAAUACUAAGAUCAUAUUUAAUAAUCUUAGAUUAUUAACAGAAAAAAUGUUAACCUUAUUUGUCCCUGUUUUUAAAAUAAAAAUAAAAACAGGAAUUCAAAUAAAUAUAAAAACUGUACUAUUUCAAUUUUGUUGAAGCAGAUGUGUGAGUCUGUUAGUCAUACACACACACAUUUAUAUCUUACUGCAAAAGAAGUGGUAAUGAUUUUUCCAAAAAGUAUGAAAAACAGUAUUCCGUUUGGUGUUGGAUGUCUAUCGUCUCUGUACGCUCUGGUCUCGACUCCUUCUCAGGUCUCUCCUCUUCAACACUUUAAUAAGCCAUAUAUAUUUCCUGAUUCACAUGGCAAAACCUUGGACCUCCACUUUUCUGACAGAGACCUUGAAAGGCUGCUCAAGGGCCAUGUGUGGCCCUAAAACCAGCUAUUGAAUCACCAUAAUUUAAACUAAAAUGUAAUAUCCAAUUAAACUAUUUUUAAUGUAUUUAUUUAUUUAUUUAGAGAUCAUGACCACAGUAGAUUUAAAUUUAUCCAAGAGGAUUUAAAAUGUUAAAAACGACUGCAUGUUUAACCUGCAGUGGCAUAGAAGUAAGAUUUUGAGAUAUUUCCUAACCACACAUUUCCCCAGAUAUCAACAAGUCUCAACCACUUUCACAGCCUCCUUUAUUUUGUUCAGCUGAGUCAUCACCUGAUGUUUCUGCUGUCAUACAUCCAGAUGUUUUUUUUUUAUAUGCUCGAGAUCAAACAAGCAGAUCAGUCCGUGUCAUGGUGGAACAUGUUGCUUCUUUGCGAUCGGAACAGCGUUACAUAAGACACAGAUACAUUGGAAGUAGGUUGAUCAGUCAAAUGUGUCUGCAAAUGCCAUGUGACAUAUUUAUAGUAGAGUGCUGCUGGUUCGUGACUCUCGGAAGAACGACCUCCUCCGCUACCAGAAGGUCAACAUCAUCAAGAAGGACCUUCACUCACACCAGAAUGAACAGGAUUCUGCAAAAACAAUUUAGCUGAUGUUGUUUAGAAAGGUCAUGCUGUUGUUGCUGUUGCUGUUAAUUACUGUGCUUUUUCACCUUGUGUGCCUCCUGUAUUUUCUCCUUUCAAUUUGCAAACAAUUCCACUAUUUUCAUACUUUAUAAAAUAUAAAGUUUUCA